GUAUAGUGCAGUUCACACAGCUGGUUCGCGAGAUGGAGGCUCUAGAUGGUGAGGUGGCUCGCUUGCACACUCAGAUCAGAAGCCACUACCUGCCCCCUGUGUCCAUCAGCUCUACUGUCGACACUUCUCUGUGAAUGUUUCAGGUGGCUCCCGACUUGAAUCUCAAAUAAUCUCAAUAGAAACGGAAUCUCUUACAAUGCAUCUCAGACAGUUAUCAAAAUAUCUCAAAAAGAAAAGAAAGUACUUUAAAUGUAUAGUGUGUGCGAUUGUGCUGUGGUGUACGUACGAUUAUUUCGGAAUCGGUGACUAUUUACACGCAUCGAGCUUCAAAAACGAUUUCCACUAUCCACUCGACGUGGAUGUCAGAGAGCUAGUGAAUGAAGUGUUAACAAACCAGAAGCUCACGGUGACUCCUAUCAACUACUACCCGUACAGCUUCCUGAGCAACUCCGGGAAAUGUUCCAACGUCGAGAAGAUAGACCUAAUGAUCGUGGUCAAGUCGGCGAUGGACCAUUUUGGCCACAGAGACGCCAUCAGAAAAACAUACGGCAAUGAGGAUGUGCCAGGGCGUACCGUGAAGAUCCUGUUCUUCUUAGGAGUCGACGGAAAGACCAAGUCGGACGUGCAGCGCCAGAUAGACAGGGAGAUGGCGGAGUUCCACGACAUCAUCCAGAUGGACUUCAUCGACUACUACUACAACAACACCAUCAAGACGAUGAUGUCGUUCCGCUGGGUGUACGAGCACUGCGCGCACGCCGACCACUACCUGUUCACGGACGACGACAUGUACAUCUCCGUCAACAACCUGCUGAGCUACCUCUACGAGCGGGACGCGACGCGCACGCCCGCCGCCGGCUCGCUCGACUCGCCUGGCGAGCUGCAGGGAGACUUGCUGUUCACCGGGUACGUGUUCCACUCGGCUCCGCAGCGGUUCCGGUUCAGCAAGUGGCGCGUGUCGCUGGAGGAGUACCGCUGGGACCGGUGGCCGGACUACGUGACGGCAGCCGCAUAUGUCGUAUCUAACAAGGCCAUGCGUGUCAUGUAUAUCGGCAGUAUGUUCGUAAAACACUUCCGUUUUGACGAUAUCUACCUGGGCAUAGUGGCGAAGAAGGUAGGCAUCACACCAGAGCAUUGCCCACUGUUCUAUUUCCACAAGAAACCGUUCUCCCGCGACGACUACGAAGACUUGAUAGCGUCGCACGGUUACCAGGACCACGAGGAACUCAUCAGGGUCUGGCAUGAGAUGAAUAGCAAGUGAAUAGAAAACUACAAAGUACUCAAAUUCCUGCGUUGUGAUCCAGUCUGUUAUAGGGUUACUUUUCUCCAUUUUGGAGGAUAAGUAUGAUCUUCUGAAGGUUGUUUUUAUUUAUUUUAUUCUUAAAAUUUGUAUCAGAAAUGCUCAAUUGAAUUGAAGCUAGGUGAUGCUGACCACAAUCGUAAAUAUUUUUGGGGGUUGGAUCUCCAAGUUAAUUUAAAGAUAUUCAUCCCGAAUCUCGAUAAGACCCAGUGCCGACUCCACAUGUAUAGUUAGGAAAAGGCCAGGGGUAAGAAGUAGAAUCUCAGAAAUUGUCACAAUUAUCUUUUUUUAUCUUUAUGUUUGUAAGUAGUGGUACUGUAUACAAAUAUAGCUGGCUUCCACAGAUAAUACAAUACCAUAGUUUGGAUGUUGUAGUUUUGUAGGGAAUAUUUCUAGAUGUCUAGCGUUGUAGUCGAGUAGGUACAAUAUAUUUUAUACGCUUUUUGUAAUAUUUAAGAAAAUAAUGCUUAUGUGAUAGUGUGCAAUUAUCGGUACUUAGUUAUUAACUGUCCUACACAACCCUUAGACUAUAACCCUGCAUUAGAAUUGGUAGUUUUUAAUGAUAUUUCCAGCUGUUGUAACCAUCUGAUUUACAAAUUAUAAUUUUUCAACGGCCCUGGAGGUAUCACGGCCAAUUCUGGUGUAUCAUGUCCAAGUUAUCUAGCAAGUAUGGCGCGGGAAUGAAAAAUUACGAUGUAAACUAUUUAAUAAAAGACAUAUAGGACAGUUAUUAACUAAGUACACAGUAUUUAUAAAAGUACAUUUUUCACCUCGUAAGACUUUGUAAAUUCGAAGGUGAAAGUGGGUAAGGUAUAUACCCUCCGUAUAUUUUCCAAAAAAGUAUAUUUAUAGAAAUAAAAGUCUUGAAUUAUA